GGAGUAGUGGGGGCAGGAGGGAGGGAGGGAAGGGGGAGACGCUGGGUCCCCCGAGCCUCGUGGGCCCGCGGGGCGGCGGGAACUGGCCUCCCCCGCGAGGAUAAUGCGCUGUGCCGGAGAUGAUGCCUCGGGCCGCACACAGCAAGAGGACCUCGCAGACUCGUGACGUCAGCAGGAGGGGCAUCUCGCAGGCUCGUGACGCCAGCAGGAGGGGGAGCUCGUUGGCUCGUGACGUCACCAAAAGGAGCAGCUCGCAUUCUUGUGACGUUGGCGAGAGGAGCAUCUGGCGUGCUCGUGACGUCAGCAGGAGGCGCUCACUGAAUCGUGACGUCAACGGGAGCUCGCAGUCUCGUGACGCCGGCAGGGGGAGUAGCUCGCCGACCCGCGCCGUCGACGGGAGGAAUUCUAAAGCCCGUGACAUCAUCAGCGAGAGCAGCUCGCGGGCCCGUGACAUCGUCGUCGGCGGGAGGAGUUUGCGGGACCGUGACGUCAGUGGGAGGAGUUUGUGGGCCCAUGACGUCGGCGGGAGGAGGAGCUUGUGGGCCCGUGACGUCGGCGCGCCGUCGCAGCGCACCCCCGCCAAUCCCCGUCGACGCGUCUGCCCGACGGGGGUGCCGCUCACGCUGCCUUGGUCCCACCUGUGGUGGCGACGGCGGCGGUGGCCACUGCAGCAGCUGAGACGGUUGAAGGCCCGGGACUGGGCCCAUCACUUGCGGCAGCGCUACCGGCCUCGGCUGCUGAGUCAACGGUGUCGGGUGCAGCAGGCUGACCAACCACUGCAGCAGCAGCAGCAUCUGCACCAACAUCAGCGCCGACUGCGACGGUUGAAACAACGCUGCCAUCAGGGGCAGCGGUUGAAAGCUUCGCGGCAAUCCAGGAGGCCACGUGGGCGCGUACACGGCCGUCGGGUGUCAAGCCAAUGGGUGACUCCAUUUAAAGGACAACGCCGUUGGCAGCCAGAGCAGACUCGGCAAGAGCAGCCCCCACGCGCGCGCCAUCAUCUUGAGCAGGAGGAGCAUAUUCAGCUUUGUCAUCAUCGGCAUCAUCAUCAUCAGCCGGAAGGGCAGCAAAAGCAGCAGCAUCAUCAUCAGCAGGGGGAUCGUGACGGCUGCCGUGGCCUAUCAUACCCGUGGGCCGUCAGGGCUGAACCCGGAGUCACGGGCCCCACGGCCCAGAGGGCCCUCCCGCUUCUCCUCACACACGGGGCCUCUGCCCCUGGAGACAGGAGGGCAGCUCGCCCACGACGAUCAUCAUCACCACCACCGUCAUUAUCAUCAUCAUCCACACGUCCAAGGUGGGGGGUCAUCAUCGCCCUCAUUGCCUGCAUCGCGAUGCUGCCUGCAAUGUCAGCGGCUCAGCAAGAAGGCUUCGGGGUGCCUGGGGGACCAGGGGUCGGGGGCGCGACGGGAGUGGGCUCCGGCCAGCCGAUGUGCCCGGCCAUGUGCUCGUGCAGCCAGCAGUUCAGCAAGGUCCAGUGCACGCGGAGGUCACUGCGGGAGGUCCCGGAGGGGGUGUCCAGCAACACGCGCUACCUGAACCUGCAGGAGAACGCGAUACAGGUGAUUCGAGUGGAUAGCUUCAAACACCUGAGACACCUGGAGAUCCUGCAACUCAACAAGAACCAGGUUCGACACAUAGAGGUGGGCGCGUUCAACGGGCUGGCCAACCUCAACACGCUGGAGCUGUUCGACAACCGCCUCACCACCAUCCCCAUCGGCGCCUUCGAGUACCUCUCCAAGCUGCGCGAGCUCUGGCUGCGCAACAACCCCAUCACCAGCGUGCCCUCCCUGGCCUUCAACCGCGUGCCCUCGCUCCGCCGCCUGGACCUCAGCGAGCUGCGCAAGCUCGAUUUCAUCUCCGAGGGCGCCUUUGAGGGUCUGAGCAACCUGCGACACCUGAACCUGGGCAUGUGCAUGCUGCGGGAAGUGCCCAACCUCUCGUCGCUGGGGCGGCUCGAAGAGCUGGAACUGUCCGGCAACCGCCUUGAGCAGGUCAAGUCGGGCUCCUUCCUGGGCCUCUCCAACCUCAAGAAGCUGUGGCUCAUGCAUUCGCAGGUGCGCCUGAUCGAGCGCAACGCCUUCGACGACCUGCGCUCGCUGCAGGAGCUCAACCUGGCGCACAACAGCCUCACGUCGCUGCCGCACGACCUCUUCACGCCGCUGCCGUCGCUGCAGCGCGUCCACCUGCACCACAACCCGUGGAACUGCGACUGCGACGUCCUCUGGCUCAGCUGGUGGCUCAAGGAGAACGUGCCCACCAACACGACGUGCUGCGCCCGCUGCCACUCGCCGCCGCGCCUGCGCACGCGCUACAUCGGCGAGCUCGACCAGAGCCACUUCGUGUGCUACGCGCCGGUCAUUGUCGAGGCGCCCCUCGACCAGAACGUGACCGAGGGCAGCGCCGCCGAGCUCAAGUGCCGCGCGUCCUCCACGACGUCGGUCAGCUGGAUCACGCCCAACGGCACCAUGAUGACGCACGGCUCGUACCGGGUGCGCAUCCUGGUGCUCAACGACGGCACGCUCAACUUCACCAACGUCACCGUGCAGGACACGGGCCUCUACACGUGCCUCGUGAGCAACUCGGCGGGAAACACCACGGCGUCGGCCACGCUCAACGUAAGCUCGUCGUCGGCGCAGCAGGCGGCCGGCGGGCCCGGCGGCGAGGGCUCGAGCACGUCAUACUUCACCACGGUGACCGUGGAGACGAGCGAAACGAGCAAUGAGGAGGUCGGAGGAGGAGGAGGAGGCGACGGUGGAGGAGGUGGUGGCGGAGGUGCAGGUGGUGGUGGUGGUGGUGGUGGACCGGGCGGCGUAGGAGUGGCACAGGCGGGUGGUGAUGACGGCGCCGGUGGUGGUGGCGGCGACGGUGGCGGUGGUGGAGGUGUCGGAGGCGGCGGGGGCGGUGGUGGUGGUAGCGGCGGCGGCGGCGGCUCCCGUUCGGAAGGAGAGAGAGUCGGCACCGGCGGUGGCGUUCGGUUCGGGGCGGGCGUCGGCGUAGGCCGGAGCGCGCCCAACGGCAAGCUGGGCCCCACCCCGUCGAGCCACUGGAACAACAGCCUGGUGGUGGUCACCUCCUCCACGCCGGCGUCGGCCAGGAGCCGCCCCGUGGGCGUCGAAUUUGCCGGCACGCGGGCGCCCGACCGGGGCUACACGGUGCCCAUCUCCGACGGCGGCGGCGGCGGCGGAGGCGGCGGGGGCGGAGACCCCUCGUCGACCAUGGCCGGGCUCGACGAGGUGAUGAAGACGACCAAGAUCAUCAUCGGCUGCUUCGUGGCCAUCACGCUCAUGGCGGCGGUGAUGCUCAUCGUGUUCUACAAGAUGCGCAAGCAGCACCAUCACCACCACCACCAGCAGCAGCAGCAGCAGCACCAUCACCACCACCAGCACAGCCAGCAGCAGCACCACUCGCUGCAGCAGCAGCAGCAGCAGCACCACCACCACCACCACGGCCUGGCCACACACCUCCACCACCACGGCGGCGGUGGCUCGGGCGGAGGCGGUGGCUCCGGUGGGCCCCUGCACCUGGGUGGAGGAGGGGGCGGCGUCGGCGGCCUCCACCUGCACCACCACCUGCACCACGGCGGGCGGCACGCGCCGUCGCGCGCCAUCGAGGUGAUCAGCGUGGACGAUGAGCUGGUGACGGGCGCCACCCUGGGCGAGGGCCUCAUGAUCCCUCCUCCUCCUCCCGCGCCUCCUCCGCCGCCUCCGCCCCCUCCUCCUCCUCCUCAGCCGCCGGCGCCUCCUGCCGCCGCGUCCGUUCCCGGAGCGCCGGUGCCCGCCCCGUCAUUACCGCCGAUCCUUCCCACUCUUCAGCAGCAGCAGCAGAUGCAGCAGCAGCAGCAGAUGCAGCAGCAGCAGAUGCAGCAGCAGCAGCAGAUGCAGCAGCAGCAGAUGCAGCAGCAGCAGCAGAUGCAGCAGCAGCAUCAUCAGCAGCAUCAGCAGCAGAGUCCUCCUCCGCAGCACAUGCAGCCCGAUGGUGAUGCCGAGCGCCAGCUCAUGUUGCUCAAGAGCAACCACCACCACCAGCAGCUGCACCACCAGCAGAGUCUGCUCGAUUGUGAAAACCACAACGACGGUGGUACCGCUGGGCUCGGAGGAAUCGUCGGCGGACUCGGGGAUGGCGGAGGCAUCCUGGACGACCCCUUCUCCAAGAUGACGCAGAGCCUCGGCAUGGCCCUGCAGGCCAUAGGCGGAGAGCACGAGGGCCACCUCCUGGCGGGGAUGAACAACAACACCAUGGUCGGGGUCGGGGUCAUGGCCCCACCGCAGGGGCCCCUGGGCGCGCUGCACUGCUCGCUGCACGAGCCGCUCCUCAUCCGCACCAAUUCCAAGGACAACAUUCAGGAGACGCAGAUAUAGGUGGAUUCGCUCGGUGUGUACAACUGGUUGGGGGUGGGCAUGGG